CACUCAGUUUCCCCCUUCCCCUCAUCGUGGAACUAGUGAGUCCUGUCCGAACAUUGAGAUUCGCGCCUUGCUUGAUUUAUGCUUGUGUCUCCCAUGAGAUCAAAGCCGCUGUCUAGCGCCCGGCGGUGGUUGAUCCUGUCUGUUCAAAUAGACGCGACGGGCGAAACUUGAGAGUCGCCCCUCCCAUGGCCUGCAGCUGUCUUUAUACCCCGAUAUGUCCUCUAGCACCUCGAGCUCCUCCCCGGACAUUCUUGGGCCAUCUGGCGAUAGUGAUUAUCUAAUCUCCUCGCCCUUCAAACCGUUCACGGGCCGUCAGAGCUUCAUGUCGCCUGCUGACUUUAACCUCCUCCAGAGUCCGCGGACGACAAAACGGAACAGACGCUCGCGGCUCAACCUCACCUCUGGUGCCCAUUCCUUCGAAUUCAACGAUGUUGUUCUCCCGGCCUCGCCGAAUCUGAAACGAACCGGGAAACAACAAGCUUUGUCCCCCGAUAAGCUUCAGUCCGAUGGGAAUGUCAGUCCCUGGAGGAUUCGUGUGACUUUGGAAGCCACGCAAGAUCAGGAGAACAACAACGAUUACGGAAGCCCGACGCGAAAUCGGCCCAGGCCAUCGACCAUGACCACAAAAAUACCACUCAAAGAUGAAUCCGAGCAGACGCCUCGAAGGCGCAGAGGCCGCCCAAGGAAGUCCGAUACACUAUUACUGGAUGCCAUUCCAGCCGCGGGCAGCCCUGGUCAUACGCCAGGUCCACCUGGGUCCGUGCAGAAGAGAAAACGUGGUCGCCCCAGGAAGACCCCGCUGAAGCCGGCUGCGGCGACGCGACUAGAACGCGAAAUGGGAACAUUAGACAUUGAGAUGGAUACUCCAACCGCUGAGUCUCGAUCGCGUUGGAGCCCCUUGGAUCUUGCCGGAGACGCAGGGUCAGACGGGGAUGAUGUCGGUUCUCCCGAAGACGAAGAGAUGGUCGAUAUCUUCGAGGAUGAGCUCUCUCCGGAACAGCCUGCAGUGGCCACCCGCAACAACACCACUCCGCGCGUGGCAUUCGAACCCACAUAUGAUACCCCAAGUGUUGACCAUCUAGACAACGAAGAAUACAACUUGAAUUCAACCCCAUCUAAAAUGCCGUCUCCCGUGCGCGAAGCACAGCCCAGCGCUUCCCAAAGCACAUUACAUGCUGGUCAUACACCCAGACCGCCACGCCUAUAUCCCACUCCAACAACAUCUUCACCAAUUCUGGGGGAGGAGACGCAGGAGCAUACUCAAAAGACGACUGCGCCUAGCAGUAGUCGCCGUGCAAGUAGAUUGUACAGGAGGAACGAUCCGACGGAUGUACAUAAAGAAUUCGACUCAAUCAUGGAAAGUGAAGGAUUCAGUAUGGUCUCACUGGACACUCUUCCAUCGGCUAAGCAACACGGCAUCGGCGGUGAUGUUAAUGAAAAAGUCGCCAAGAAUGCUCUCAAGCCUUUCCUGAAGCGAGAAUCCAACGGCGUCCUAAAGCAGAGAACAUCGGUUUCCCCGGCCAUUAAUGACGAUAACGGUUCCGCCUCUCGCCCAGAACUGGAGCCAAGACCGGAGAAUCAGGCUGAAGACUAUCCUCGCAUGCGCUCCGCUCGCUCCGUCGAAUCCGAUUCUUCCGCUCAGCGCGCAUCUGGCGCUAGACCAGCCUCGACGCGAAAUAUGCGCUCUUCCUCUGCCGGUUCGACAUCGCAACCCGGCCAGAGAGGGCAGAGGCCACUGCUUAGGCUUGUCCGCAUUGUACGCGCAGGUAUCAUUCUGCAGGGACCUCUUACCGAAUCGAAGGAGCAGCGUUUUGCACGAGAUCCUAAUUCCGCGCUAACCGCGAACCAACAGCGGUUGCAACUUCUUUUCCGAGAUUUGAAUCCUCAAAGUCAGCAAGUACUGCGGGCAGGCUUAGCUUUUGGACUUGAACUUGCGAAGCAGAGACUAGCGGAAAAAGGCAUACAGCAAAUAGCAGCAGACGCUGAGCUGGAUGUGCAAACGGCACCACGGAGCAGAGAGGCCACUUACUCCGAGUCACCCCAGCAGGCGCUGAGCGGGGCAGACUUUGAUACCCCCGGCUCAGUCAUGAGGCAACGGAUGGAAGAAUGGCAACGUGAAAGGGACGCCAUCAGUCGAGAAAUCCAAAUGGCGAACUCCAGUCAAGUCAUUGUGAUCGAUAGCGACAGGAGUGACCAGUCAGAUGUUUCAGUCGAGCAUGAAGAAUACGGGAACGAGGCGGAUGAUUUCAACAAUGAAGCCGAGACCGCACGGAAACAGGAUGCCCACGUAGAGUCAGACCAAGCGAACGAGGAAGAUGACGAUGAGGGUUACGAGGACAUUUGGCAGCAAGAGGCAAUGGAGCAAGGCAACCAAUCGCAUCACUUGUCUGUGCAUGACGAGAAUUGGAAUGACCUUCAACCUCGAGAGGGCGAGAUCAGCCCUUGGAAAACCGGUUGGACCCCCGCACGCAGUCAGGCAGGGGGACUAUACUCUCCGGCUCACUGGACUAAAGAGCACGAAACAGUGCCAUUUCUGGGCCGUUCAAGAGUCACGCAGCUGCGGGAGGCAGAGGUGGAUCUUACAAACCUAUACCGCGCCGAUCCCACUCCGAAGCGUCGCCGCUACUACUAUGGAAAUAGUUCUCCUUCGAGUAGCGCAAAGGGAUCACCGUCAGAAGGUGGCUCGCCAUUAGAUCAAGCACCCGAUCGGCAAGACUUCCACGAUGAUGCGUCCGAACAUGAGCAUCUGUCAGAACACUCGAUCGAGUUUGGCUCUCACAGUGACUUGGAAGACGAAACGUUUCAGAUUGACCCCACCACUAGAUUGGAGAUGGCGAGACAGAACGGUAGAGCAGAAAACAUCAGAGAUAAUGUCGAAAGUCUUGCCGAUGCCGCUGUAGCCGAGGGGCAAAUCUCUGGAGCUGCAGCGGACAACACUCCCGAACCCCCACGACGAGCCAGCCCAGAGAACCAAGCAUCAUCCUGGUUUCAGAAGAUUACUAGCCUGACACCUGGAUGGCUCAGAGCGCCCAAAUCUCUCAGACUAGCUUCCCCAAGAGAGAAGAGUUCAGUAAUCCACGACGAUGACGACAACGACGACGACGACGAAGCAGCAACCACGACAAGACCACCACAUACUCGUGAUGAUGCCUACUCGGAGCGCAUAGAGGAAAAUCUACCAACGUCGUCCGGACGACAACGCUUCGGCUUCUACGAUUCAUUGGAAGAUACGCGAGACCCUUUCUACGAAGAAGUUAGAGAGACAAGGCACAAGCGUCCAACCACUCGCUACUCCGGGCAGUUUUCGGAUGACCACUAUCGCUUAUUGCAUAAUCUUUACCGCAUGUCUAAGAAGCAUCCUGAACGCUUCCCUUAUUAUCCGGCUGCUGGCCGUACCGAUAUCAUUGGGGAUUGGAUCUGGACGUCAGACGGAGUCUUCGGUGUUCCGGUCACGGAGGAACAAUUUGCAGUCAUUGACAGGUUCGCUCAGCAGGUCUCUCGAGACGACAUCAUGGCCGGCGGCACGGGUCAGAUUACUUGGACGGAGGCCGACUUGCAUAGAAGAUUAAUCAGCAUUAUCAUUGGCGAGCAGAUUAGAAAGGAACGGCGGCCGAUGCGCUACAGGGAUCAUCCGGGGAGAGGCAACCCUCGAGGCAGGGACACAGUCUAUGAGACGUGGCGCAGAUGAAGGUCCAGAGCUGCACGUCGCUUGGUCACUGACGUGCAAACCCCGACAUAAUGAUUGUCUGGAAACCAGACUUGGUCUCCGCUGGCACCUGAGCUAGCGUAUGCUGCAAUGAGUUCUAUUCUUGAUGCAACUUUUCGGGUCGUUACGGAGUGGCAAAGCGGUGGCCGGGGUGAAUUUCUCGUUCGCAUUGAGUUGGCAGGCUUACUUUUUCCCUUUCCGCGUGCUUUUUUGGUAUUGCACGUACUUUGCACAUGUACAGUACUAUUCCCCCUUGCUCUUUGGGUUCUUUAGGUUGGGCGUCUAAGGUUGGCCGCGGACGAGUCAGCCGCCAGAGCAUUCAUUUCUUGCUUCUUGUUAAUAUAUGGAUUGAACUCCUGUGACAUCAUUGGUGUAUGGAUUUGACUUUUUUCGCACUCCAGCGUAUGCUCUCGAUCUGGUUUGCAAACCUUUUU